GACAAGCACGAUCUGUGUAACGUGCGCGGUCCCUCGCGCAGUUGUGGCACAGUGGAAAAUUGAGCUAGCUAAUAUUUCUUAUUGACGAUACAUGUUCCGUUUUCAGUCCUUUGAUGAUGACUGCACCCUGGAGGAGGAGGGGCUGGUAGAGGAGGAAGAUGAAAUCGAUCAGUUUAACGAUGAUACUUUUGGGGCUGGAGCGAUCGAUGAUGACUGGCAGGAGGAGCAUGCUCGGCUGGCAGAGCUGGACGAGCGAGGGCGUGACGGGCUGCUGGGCGUGGCUGAUGGCUCCUCUUCCACUGCCUGCCCCCCUCCGGUGGAAAACGUUCCUCUCCCUUCCUCGCUCCCCCCGCCCUCUUCUUCCUCGCCUCCUCCACCAGCUUUAGAGGAGAAGGCUGGCGGCGAUCUGGUGGAGUCGCUGGCUCGCCUAAUUCUGGACUCUGAUCCUGCGAUUGCUGGAGUGGGCGCUCCUGAGCCAGACAGGACUCGCCUCCCUGCAGUGCCUCCCAGUCAGACGCUGCACCCAGCAUUGAUUGGCAUGCCCCCCUCGCUGCUAAGCUACCAGCAACAGCAACAUCUGCUGCAUAGAGGGACAGCACCACUACAGAAGAUGAGUUCUCACAGUAUUUGGGACAGCAGUGUAGGCUUUGGUCCUGUUAGUGUUACCCCUGGACUGGUUACUCACAUGGAGGACUCUCCUCUGCUAUCCAUUAUCAAAGAGGUAGGGCUUCCAAAACGGACACCUCCAGUCAGCAGGGAGGAGGGCCGGGACUUGUCUGAAAGAGUUCCACCUCCUCGUUCCUCCUCACCUGUUAUUGGAAGUCCACCUGUAAGGGCGGUACCCAUUGGAACCCCUCCCAAACAGCCCAUGGGCCAUGCCAUAAAUCAGCAGAUCCCCCAUCCUGUUGCUGUGCAUGUGAGGGCUCCUGUACAGCACCGUUACCCCCCUCCUUUCCCUGAACGCCUCUCCCCCAACACUCUCCUCAACAUCGCUAACUCUCCGCUGUGUCGUCCUCCAUUUCCUGCUGGUGUUGGGCCAGUUCUGUCUCAGAUACAGAGAGCCCAGUUGCUCAACUCUCAGGUGGGUCCUUUCUCGAGAGGUCCUGGUCCGGCACCCCCGAUGUUGGCAGGCAGUGGUGCGGGUUUUAGGCCAUUUUUUGGGCAGCCUCCCCCUAGAGUGGGCCCCCAUGUGCCACAUGUCCCACCUCCUAACCACACCCCCAUUCGCCACAACACAACCCAUCUCCACCCUCAGCACCGCAGGAUGCUUACCCAGAGGAUGCAGAGCCGAGGGGAACGUAGUGGGGUCAGAGUGUCAGGGGACAGGAGAAGCAGAGACCCCUACAGUAACCUUAUGACUCAGAAAGAGAAGGACUGGGUGGCUCGCAUUCAAAUGAUGCAACUGCAGAGCACAGACCCUUACCUGGAUGACUAUUACUACCAGAAUUAUUAUGAGAAGAUGGAGAAACGUCAAGAGCAGGACCGAGACCGCAGCAGGAAAGAGCACACCACCAAACUCAUCACCCCUCAGGUGGCCAAAGUAGAGCACACCUACCGACCAGUCCAGUUUGCUGGUUCCCUGGGUAAACUCACCGUCUCCAGUGUGAACAACCCUAGGAAAAUGAUUGAUGCAGUGGUUACUACUCGCACUGAUGAUGAGGAGAAGAGGGAGAAACAGGUGUGGAACAAGAGACGACAAAUCCUUUACACUGUGGAGAAGAUGUACACUCUGCUACUAGAGGUGCAGGACUUUGAGAAGAAAUUCCUACAGACCCCUGAGGAGCAGAGAGAGGCACUACUAGAGCUACACAAGACCCACACGCUGCAGCUCUACAGCUCACUGCGGGAGAAAGAGUGGGACAACCGAGUAAGUGAUGAGCAGUGUCUGAUGAUUAUGUCGGUGCGUAAGGGGAAACGGCUCAUCUCUAGGCUCCUCCCCUUCUUGCCGUCACCCCAAGCUGCUGCUGUUGUCAUGGGAAUUGCGCGUAACCUUCCAGCCUUGGCCAAGAAGGACAAGCAAGAUCAGGUCCUUUGCUGGUUGGUGGAGCCGGUCGCUGUAGUAAUCCAAUCCAUGUCUAGCUCUGCCCUCACUGAUCUACUGCAAGAGCUACAGGGCAGCGAGGGCCAGUUUCCCCGCGUGCUGCAAAAUAAGUUUGGUGUGACGCUGCUUUACCUGAUCCUGAGUGAGGGGGAAAGAAUGCAGAGCUCUGAUCCCAAAUGCCAGCUCAUGGAUGACAAUCGCUGGACAGAGUUGGUGUUUUCGGUGACGAGGGAGCUGUUGAAGGUCCCGUCCUCCUCGCUUUCGCCUCCUCUCUUCACUCCUCCCAAUCUUCUGUCCCUCUUCUCUCGAUAUGUGGACCGGCAGAGACUAGAGCUGCUACAAGAGAAGCUACAGAUCACUGCCUUGUCCAGGUAGAAGUUACUUCCCACAUCAAGCUGCUGUUGAAGAGAGACUGUUAAUAUUCAUGAGGAUGUAUACAUGAAUUUAUGUAUACACAUGGGUGUGUGUGUGUGUGUGGGGGGGGGUGUGGGAGAGGUAAUUAGGGCUAUGAUUAUUAUUUUAAUCCAGCAGAAAACUCACUUUCUUAUUUUCUGCCUUGUUAUUACUUUGUGUGUGUGUGUGUGUUACAGAGAGAAUGUUAGAUUGUGGUUGAAACCAAGAAAAUUAAUUAAUCUUCAUUUUUAAUGAUCUUGUUAACACUGAUGCCCGUGAUAAAACAGAAAAUUAAAAGUAUUUCUAUUGUAUAAAACAAAUUCUAAUGUGGUGUUUUAGUGUUUCGUAUCUAAUAGGUCAGUGAGAAGGAUAGUGGGCCUGAGAUUGUCAUGUCAACUAAGCAAACCAGUAGCUCAUGUCAUAAAUGACUGAGUUGUUGGAUUGCAUAGUGUAUUUUGAAGCAGAUAGAAGCAGAGCUUGUUAAAGAUUUGCAAGCACAGAAACAAGCUCAAAAUAUCCUUCCCUCGCCCUAGCCGUACCUCAAGUACGGCUCAGCGUGAAACUAGGACUUGUUGUAGGGUAUUGUUUGUUGUUGCACUUAUUGUUGUCCAAGAUAUAUCUUAGAUCUUGUACAUGUUUUGCACUUCUAGGCAU